AUGCCGCGACCCCAGGAACAAUCCCUGGAGCCACGGCAACAAACUUCUUCUUACUGGCUAGCGCAAAUUCAACGACAGGGAACUGUCGCGUUUGGUUCUGAUCCAAAUUACAAGGUCUUUCGCAGCGUGAAGGACUAUGGGGCAGUCGGUGACGGCGUGACGGAUGAUACUACGGCCAUCAACAACGCUGUUGCUGAUGGGUCUCGAUGUGGGUUGGGCUGCGAUAGUUCUACCACUCUCCCUGCGAUCGUCUACUUUCCUCCUGGCAAAUAUGCAGUCUCUGCACCGAUCAUUCAGUACUAUUACACACAGUUCGUGGGUGACGCGUUGAACAUUCCAACCAUCAUGGCCACUGCCAACUUCCAAGGUCUAGCUGUUCUUGAUACGGAUCCAUACAUUCCUGGAGGCAAUGGGGCGCAGUGGUAUACCAACCAAAACAACUUCUACCGACAGAUCCGUAAUUUUGUCAUUGACAUAGCGCAAAUGCCAGAGAACAUGGGUGCGGGAAUCCAUUGGCAAGUUGCGCAGGCCACCAGUCUUCAAAACAUUGUUUUCAAUAUGGCCCCAAAGAGUCCGACAAACAAGCAGCAGGGGAUAUUCAUGGACAAUGGAUCUGGCGGCUUCAUGAGCGACCUCGUCUUCAAUGGCGGAAACUAUGGUGCGUUCCUCGGCAACCAGCAGUUUACCUCUCGCAACAUGACUUUCAAUAGUUGCAAUACUGCAGUCUUCAUGAACUGGAACUGGCUCUGGACAUUCAAAUCUCUAAGCAUCAACAACUGCGACGUCGGAAUCGACAUGUCCACUUUGUCGAACGGGGUCAAUCAGACUGUCGGCUCUGUGGUGGUGCUGGACAGUGUCAUGGCAAACACCCCGAUUGGUAUCAAGACAUCUUACAAUGUGACGAGCCAACCCGUCAGUGCUGGCACUUUGGCAUUGCAGAAUGUGGACUUCAGUACCGUGCAAAACGCGAUUGUUGGUGCAAAUGGCGUUGACCAGAUCCUUGCUGGAGGAAGCGUCGUUGGCUCAUGGGGUCAAGGCGACUAUUACCACCCUGCCUCGGGAAAUCAGCCUGUCAAGCGAGAACCUCAAGCUGCAGCAAGCGCGGCUGCUUCAGACUGUGCCACGACCACGACCACAACGACAACCACGGUGACCACCUCUCCAACCGCCAAUGUCUCGAUGUUGACCACAACUGUGACGGUAUCGCCUUUGCCAGUCUCCAGUGCCAGCGCUGCUCCUACUGCAUCAUCUAAUGCUACUACACUGGGUAACUCUCCUUCGACCUCUUUGGGUGCCACUGCAGCAUCGGGAGUUUGUUCGGCUUCUCCAGUAGCACUGCAAUCGUCACGAGUGCAACAAGGACUUACCAAUCCCACUUUGCCUGCAGCCCUCAUGAAUGGCAACGUCGUGUUCGAACGCUCAAAGCCGCAGUAUGAGAACAUACCCGCCUCAUCAUUUAUCAGUGUCAAGUCGCAAGGAGCCAAGGGCGACGGACUUACUGAUGACACUGCAACCCUGCAGAAGAUCUUGGAUAGCGCAACUCCAGACCAAAUCGUCUACUUUGACCAUGGUGCCUACGUGGUGACGGAUACCCUGCAGAUUCCCAAAAAUAUCAAGAUCACCGGAGAGAUUUGGCCUCUGAUCAUGGCAAAAGGCUCGGCAUUUACGGAUGUCAAUCACCCUAAACCAGUCCUCCAGGUGGGAUCUCCCGGCGAUACAGGGUCUGUGGAGAUCUCAGAUCUGAUUUUCGAGACGAUGGGAGCUCUCCCAGGUGCCAUCAUGAUGGAGUGGAACGUUGCUGAAGAGUCCCAAGGAUCUUGUGGCAUGUGGGAUGCUCACUUCAGAAUUGGUGGCACUGCAGGAACUCAAUUGCAACAGAACACUUGCCAGGCCAACGUGACAGGAUCCUUUCAAUUCAAGCCUGAAUGCGCCGGCUCAUUCUUGAUGAUGCAUAUUACCCAGCAAGCCACCGCAUAUCUCGAGAACGUCUGGUUUUGGGUUGCUGAUCACGAGCUCGACAUCGCCACGCACAAUCAGACCGAUAUCUUCAACGGCCGCGGACUGCUGGUGGAAAGCCAAGGCCCAACCUGGUUGUAUGGCACUUCCUCAGAGCACAGCCAACUGUACAAUUAUCAGUUUGCGAAUGCUCAGAAUGUCUUCCUGGGAGCCAUCCAGACUGAAACUGCUUAUAUGCAGGCUAGUCCCAAUGCGCUUGCGGGAGGGUUCACUCCGAAUGCCGCGUUUUCAGAUCCCACAUUUGCCGAUUGCACCACCGACUCGUGCAAGAAGACAUGGGGACUUCGCAUUGUUGACUCGACUGACGUGUACAUGUAUGGAGGAGGCCUUUACAGCUUCUUUGACAAUUACAUCCAGACAUGUCUUGACACAGAGUCGUGCCAGGAGAACAUGGUCGAUAUUGAGUGUUCCUCCAAUGUAAACCUGUACGGCUUGACCACCAAGGCAUCAACCAACAUGAUCAACGUCGAUGGCACUCCAGAGGUCUUUGAGAAGGAUCAUACCAACUUGUUUGGACAAACAUUGUUGUUGUUCCAACAAUGAGAGGCAGACUCCGGCCCAGAUCUGCAUUUCAGAUUGAGAAAUAUUUGAUUAUGAGAACUCAUCUUGGUCACCUAUUUUGGGACUGUGGACGAUUAAGGCUCAUAAUACGAGCUGUGACAUGGUUUUAGUUCUAUGAUGGAUCCAACCCGACUGUGUCAAGGUCGAGGAUACAAUGUACAUGCAUGAUGCCCACGCAGACGCUUAUUAUGCGAUUGCUUAC